CUGACGUUAGUUGUGUUUGCGGGGAAGUUUCUUUGACCGCAGCUGAUACGAGCAAUAUGCCGGUUUGUAAUGUAACUCAGAUGGCCGAUUCAUCUUCACCAACUGAGCUUCAGCAGAACAACAGUGACGACGCGUUGGAACUGAAUAAAGAUUUGGAGAGAAUGAUUGAGGACACUGAAAAUAUGUCAGUGCAGCUGACAUGGAUGGCUUAUGACAUGGUGGCACUGCGGACCAACCCCGAGCUGGUGGCCUCUAUGAAAAGACUGGAAGAAGCGUAUUACAGGUGCAGAGUUGCUGUCAGUGGAGAGACCAGAGACCAGAAGCCACAAAGUGACAAAUGUCCUGAGUCUGCUGUUACAACACUCACUCCAAUGUAA